GCGGCUUCUCUGGCCUUUACAGCAAUUACAGAAACAUAGCUAGACCAUAGAGUACAGAAAAGAAAGAUCAUGACCCAGAAUAACGAAUUGUAUUUUGUGGAUCCAGAAUACAAAGCGGAUGCAACGAGGAUUUAUCAUUCUUGGGGACUCCAGCAGAGAACAGUCGACCGGCUGCUGUACUGUGGAAUCAGCACCCUGGAGCACUUGAUAUACAUGACUGCAGAAGAUACUGAGAUUGUUUUCAAGGAUGAUAGUAUGCUGGGCGAGAAAAUCCUGUUCAGGAAGAGUUUGAAGAAAUGGCGAGAGCACAAUGGCUUUGACGAUCAUCCUGACACAAAUGCAUCAACAACAAGCGACAGACAAAAACCGGAAACUAUUAAAGAUUUUGAACUAAAAAUAUCUCAACCACGGAGAUGUUCCUGGGAAUCUGAUAGUAGUGUACCUGCUACUGCAAACCCCAAGCAUUUGGAUGUGCGAGACCUUCUACGGGGUACCCACAAGGGCAUUAAGAUUCUCAAUGCAUACGAUAAGAAUUGUAUGCUAACAAAUUCAGAGCAAGCACAGAUUUGCCAUAUUAUUGUGGACCAUCACAUGGCGAAAGAUCGCAAAAUGAGCCUCGAACAGAUGAGUUACUAUGCAAAGGACAUUGUAAAGGCUUUUCCAUCGGAAGUUGAGAGAACUUACUUCCUGCCACGCUCAAUGUCUGGCACAAAGUGUCCGCAGGGAAAAUUGUUUCAUAGGUACUCCAAUGAAAAUGCCAAACUCAAGAAGAAUGAACGUGAUAACACACCAUCAGAAUAAACCUACUGGAAAAAAUGAAGGAUAGGCAAAAGGAAAUAGAAGAAAAUCUCAAAAAGAUCUCAAAAAAUUUUGUAAAUUUGACUUUAUGAACAUAGUAUAACAAGAAAGCAAGUUUUUCUACGAUGAUGUUGAUCAUUAAACAAAUAAAAGCUGUAGUAUCUUAUAAAGAUGGCGAGUAAUUAUAACUGACAAUUAAAUC